AUGGCUGCAACUGCGUCUUCUAGAGCCGCGCCUCCAGCCUCGCGACGGUCAUCCUCAAUAUCUGCUACACCCUCUUCUUCCAUAGCGAGGGGUGCAACUGCACGUUCGGCAGUCUCUCCACGUGUAUCUGCGUCUUUGAGCUCUUCGGUUGCUCGUCGUCCAUCUAUCAAGGGUACCGUGUCACCAGUGCCCGCUGUCAAUGGCGAGACGCGCGAAUCCCUCUCGGCUUCUCUGAGGCAAGAGACAGAGAAAAAGGAACACCUCCUCGUACAACUCCAGAAUAAGGAUCAGACAAUCAUUAACUUAACUGCAGAAAACGCCAAUGUUAGCUCGGCACUUAACGCGGCAGAAUCGCGCUUAACAGAGCUCUAUGCGGACCAAAACCGCAUGGAAGAAGAAAUGGCCGCCCGCAUAGAGGUUGUCGAGAAAUUACGCGCCCAGGUCCGCGAGCUCGAGAAAGAAAAGCGUGACAUUCAUCGACGGUAUAAUGAACAGACCACGACAUUCGAGGCCGAACGACAAGCAUUUUACGACAAUGAACAGCACCUUAAGUCACGCAUUCAGUCUCUUACCGAGGCUCGCAAACAACCAUUACAACCGUUGCCGUCAUCUCCCUCCUUGGUAUCAAUCAACGAGUCAGAAGUUGAAGUUGUGGAUGAGGCACCUUCGGAACCUCCGUCGAAGCAAGAUUUAAACGACCCGGAGCAAGAACCUGCAGAGAUGACCGCUCUCAGGCUCGAACUUUCCACGCUGUCCACUUCAUAUGCAUCUCUGCAGUCGACAUUGGUCCUUCUUCAGACACAGCUCAUCGAUCUCAAGCGUGUCAAUAACGAGCUGCAAGAAGAAAACGAAUCUUACAACAUCUUGUUGAGGGAGAGGACUUUGAAUGGCCAGUUCGAUGUUUUGAGGAUGGGUGGAGGGAAUAAUGUCAGCGAGGCCAGCGAAAGCGAGGCUGGUGAAGAUGAUGCUGAUGGCGCGAGUUUGAGGAGCAGAAACACCACCAGAAGCACACUCGACCCUGUGGAUGAGAUCGCGGAGGAGUUGGAGCAUGAGCACGGGCACGAUCUCGAAUUUGAGCAGGUACACGAACAGGGACAGGAGGCGGGUGAGUCGGAAGAGCCAUCGCGACGCAGGCACGGCCGUAAACGUGCUUCCUCCUCCUCACAUUCGCCCGCACCGCGUGGAGAAUCUCUCGCAAAUCUACCAAUUACUGGCCCUGGUCUUGACUUGGCUGCUGAACUGGGACGCGCCGAAAACAAGGAUAUGCUGGAGGGUCGUGUUACUCUGGAGAACGACCGUUCGAUCCUGAAUGGCAAAGGUCGGAAGAGCCGGAAGAGCUCGAAUUCAGAGACGGGCCGCAGAAUGCCGCCGACGGACGAUCCCCAACAGGUGAACGGGUUGAACGACAUUGACGCUCUAAGGAACGAAGUCAAGAGUCUUAAAGACGCAAACAAGGCUUUGUCUUUAUACGCAUCGAAAAUCAUCGAUCGGAUCAUCUCCCAGGAGGGGUUCGAGCACGUCCUGGCUGUGGACUACGACAAAAUGUCUUCCCCACAGACUGCUGGGGCAGCAUUCACCACUUUCAGCAACGUACACAAGUCCUCGAAACCUCCAGCAUCUCAGCCACAGAAGAAGGGACGUCCUCAAUCUGCGAUUUUCUCGUUCUCAUCGACAUCGUCUGGGGCUCACUCCGUCGAGCCUCAAACUCCUGCAAUUGAACGUCUUACUACGUUCGAAUCCCUGCAGACACCCCGUACGGCAAGCAGUCCUCAAAGCAACUCAGCUAGUCCGCCCACCGCAUCUACUUCCACCCGCUCGCGCCGCUCACUCUCCUUUGAUUGGAAGAGCUUCACCAUGUUCAAUUCGGAGAGGAAGCAGGAGCCCAGCGCAAAUCUGCGUCCGCUGACGCUUCGAGCCGGCUCAAGCUCGGUGAUAACAGGUGCUCGCAAGCUCGAAACGUACGAAGACGAAGAUGAUCGGCGAGAACGCGAGCGGUUGAAUGCUACCAUGAAGCUCAUGGGUAUCGAGAAACCCAAUACUCCUGCUAUGCAGAAAAGUUUCUCAUCUCCUGCGAAUCCCACUUCAGCCGUAGCACCCGAUGCCAACGAUCGAACACCAUCUUCUGCGAACACCCCUGCUACUGCGAUACCUCCUACUCCGUCGUCUCGUUUCUCUUUCUUCCGUCGCACAUCAUCGUUCACUACGACUUCGGAUGUUUCGUCUAUACACUCGUCUCUUCGAGGGAGCCCACAGCCCCAGCCCAGCGGGGCAAACACCCCCAAUCUUACGCACGAGGCGUUGGAGCAGGUUGAAGCAGAGAACACGAUCGCUGCGCUUGACGCUCAUGAACGCCAACUCAGUGCGGAGAUUGCCAAAGGCGCAGGAGGAGGCUUCACGGAAAUUGUGCGGCGCACUGGAGAUAGACGUAGUAGCCGAAAGAGUGGUGAAAGCGCCAGUACCGUGUGGAGUGCAGGCAUGAGCAGAGGCGAGGAUGGAGAUGAUUGA